AUGCCGUCACCAUCGACUCAAAGAAGUGAAAUUGAUCCCCCGGAUGAAAUCUCUUGGAUUGCCGCCCAAGGUUUCAUGACCGGGGUCUUCCGCUUUGGCUCUGUCUCCAUCCUGGCUCAUAUGAUUCUCGCUCUCCCCCAUCCAUUCGUCUUCUCGGCACCAGGUCCGCCGGCACACCCCGCGACUCAACCCCGUCCACGCCCGUCCAUCUUCUCCCGUGACUACCUCCGGUCACGACUUUUCCACCGCCCGCUCGAGGGCUUCUCUAGUUGGAUCUCUCCGGGUUCCCGUGUUUACCGCGGUCUCACCCCGCAGUUCAAGGUCUUUUUGCAGGUUGCGGCUAUGACUCUGGGCGGUUGUAUCUGGCAGGAGAAACGUGUCACGGAAUACAUUGAGCUGGUUAGGCGGAUCAAACGGGCUGAGCGAUAUGAGGCCGAAAGAGCGGAGGGCAGUCGUCGAUAA